GUGUGCCGUACGCAGCGUGGCUCAAUGACAUUAGAGCAUUUGAUUUGAGUUUCGUAAGAAACACAUUUGUGCACAUUUCUAAACAUGUCUCUGGGUUUGUUAUUCAGAUCUGUCUCUAAAGGAGCGGCCAGGGCGUGCAUGGUGGGUCCGGUGCAGUCCUUACACUCAGGAUGUCCGCUCUUCGCUGCAGAAAAAGCUCUUCUCAUGAAACUGAGGAAAAGCACCGGAUACACGUUCACAAACUGUAAGAAGGCCCUGGAGAAGUUUGACAAUGACAUCACACAGGCCGAGUCGUGGCUGCAUGAACAGGCCCAGAAGGAGGGCUGGAGCAAAGCAAACAAACUGGAGGGUCGCAGGGCCAGAGAGGGGCUGGUCGGUGUGUUUGUGGGAGACAGUGAUGCAGUCAUGGUCGAGGUGAAUUGUGAGACCGACUUUGUGGCUCGUAAUGAGAAGUUUCAGGAGCUGGUGAAGGCUGUCGCUUUUGCCACUUUGGCUCAUCACAAAAACAAACCUCAGAAACACACUGGAUAUGUCAAGAGUCUUCUGGGAGGAGAGGACCUGAGCAAACUCACUCUCACUGAAGGAGUCACUCUCGCCGACCACGUGGCUUUUGUAAUCGGUCGUCUUGGUGAAAACAUGUCUGUGAAGCGCGCGGUGACUCUGGGCGUCCCUUCAGACUGGCACAUCGGCUCGUACGUGCACGGCUCUGUCCCCGGGCAGGCGGAGGUGGUGAUGGGGCGGUACGGAGCCCUGGUGGUCUUCCAGGGAGGUCCGGCCGGAGAGGAGGGGGCUUUGGGGCGUAAACUGGGGCAGCACGUGGUGGGAGAGGCCCCCGUGGCUCUGGGGAACAUGGAGGAUCUCCCGUGCGGAGAGGGAGAGACUCGACUUUUGGCACAGACAUUUUUGGGCGACCCGAGCCGAACCGUAGCACAGUUUCUGAAAGGGAAGCAGGCGCGAGUUCUGGACUUUGUGAGGUUUCAAUGUGGGGAGAAAUCAGGGGAAGAAGGACAAUAAAUAUUUAGUCAGUUACAAAUGGAAUAUAAUGUAUGCUAAAUGAAUUUCAGCAAAUGUAUGGGUCAAUUAAAUAAUUUAAACUGUCUCACAAUAAAUGAUCAUUGUCAUUUUAUUGAAUUAAAUCUCGACUGGUGAAUUUC